UUACGCGUGGGACCGACAGUACACGAUAUAUUGAUUUUCUCUGCUGGCAACAUCACCGUUCUAGCAGCUUUCGCAUUUUAGCUUCCCUGUAAACAUGUUUUACUGCACAUGAUCCAUGUAAACACGAAGAGUGCGAUUAUUUUCGUGUGUCACUUAGACGUCUGAUCAGUGAGCAGGGCAGAGAUUGGCGGGUGUUUAAUUUUCGAUGUUGAAGUAUUGGAGAUUUUAAAGCGUGAUAGAGAAUGUAACACCAGUGUCAUGACUGUGAAGGCUUCAGCUUCCUUUUACCUCACAUAACGCGAAUAUAAGCAUAUUAUUUUUCUAUCAAAAAAUACGUUUCGAACUGUAUGAAGAUCAUUGGCCUCCUUGUGCAAUUAAUAUUAAAAAUCGUUACUUCAGUCUUCGCGUUCACAUAUUAAUAUUAUAAUUAACUUACCAUUAAAAGAAAGAAAUUGUGUACCGGUACGGGUUUGUUGUGGGUCGUCAUCGUUUUAAAGAAUUUGUGUACAAGUUUUAAUUUAGCAAUGUAUCUGCCAUGGUAUUUGCAAGCAUGUCUGACAGACAGCCACAUGACAAGUUCUCCCCCAAAACGUCCCAAUUCACAGCCAUCUGAAGGAAGACUCGACAGAAAAAUGGCUUCCGGCUCCGAGCGUAGUGGUGAAAGCCACGUGGCUGGUGAAGAUGUCACAGAGAUGCGUGUGGGCAUUGAUGAUUUGCCUGAUGAGGUACUGUUAAUGAUUUUCUCUCACUUGUCCUUCAGUGAGCUAAUAGAUGUGGUACGGAACGUGUGCCAUCGUUGGAGAAGACUGUAUAAGGUUCGGAAGUUGUGGCAUAACAAGGAAUACCAUAUUGGGGUAUCAAAGCACUGUGACUCGGACUCCUGUAGAUGUAGCACGAAUGAGCGGGAGAUGAUACGGACUUUCAUGAAUGCCCCGUAUUUGCGUAAGGUACACCUGUGGCAAGGCGUCACCUCACACGUCAUCUAUAUGCUCUCCGCAAGAUGUUUCAAACUGUUGGAGCUCCGCCUGCCUCAUACCCAGAAGCUUACCCACUUGAUGCUGGAUAACUUGUUCGAGAAGUGUUCCCAAAUACUCAAACUGAGGAUAUCUUAUACGCUGCUGAGCUCCGAGAAAUGCGUAAAGACACUAACACAUCUAAAGUACCUCCGUGUGCUGGAUCUGCUAGCGCGCUCCAGGGAAGAAAAUAGCGGAUCUCUCGUGCUGCCGCCUGGUGUGCUGCGACCUUUACAUGACGGGUGUCCCCGACUGGCAAGGGUCGACUUUGGGUGUCUGCAUGUCAAUAUUUCUGACUUGUGGAACUUCCUGAAUGCCAAGAGGAGCACCCUAGAGUACAUACGCGUAAAGUGGGCAAUGGAUAGAACGAGUUGUGUCCCACCGUUGCUGACAGUCUGUGCCGACAAACUGCAACGUCUGGAACUUUACGACUACAACAUAGCCCGGCGCGUAGCGAGUGAGGCGUUCACUGCUCUGGGAAGCCUGAAGAAUCUGUGGGAACUUAAGAUAUCCCUCAAUCGCAAGCUGCCACGUGGUACAGCUGCUCUGGCAUUUACGACUGGAGGACUGCCGAAAUUGAGGCAUCUGUACAUUUGGUACGCAUCCGGCCUGGACGAUGACGUAGUGGUUGCCAUCAUCCGCGGUUGCCCCGCUUUGCAGGUACUCGCCAUCAGAGAUGCAUAUUUGGUGUCAGACGCUGCCUUCUGCGAGAUCUCCCAUCUGGAACAUCUUGAAACGCUGGACGUGUCUUCUUGCAGAGGUCUCACUGGAGCCUUUUUCUCUCACCUCACUGCCCUACCACGACUUCACACAUUGCGAAUGGAAAAGAUGGAUUUUACAAAGCUGCAACCAGGUCUGAACAGUAUCCUUGAAUUGUCUGCUGUGCGCUGCCUGAGAUUUGAUUAUUCCCGUCUUACUGGAGUGCCAUUUGACCAGUUUCCAGGAAAGCUGAUCAGUCUCAGGGAGUUGAAAAUCCCAGGAUGUGUCGGUGACCCUAAAGCCACAGAUGGCCUCGCUGAGCGUAUGCCUGGUCUUCAAAUCUGCGGCAGCAUUGAAGCUGAGCAACCAGCUUUAGAGGCUGCGUAUUGCGAGAGUGACACGGAACUGUAAGAGGAAGACAACAGAAGGCCUAGCAAUGCAGAUCGAUCGUGGUUCGACAGUUUGGAUAGUGACUAAAACAGUAAUGGUGAUCGUAGCAGUAAGAGUGAUGAGGGUAUUUAGGAUGAAAGCAGUAUAUCUAUUAUUCUAGAGGAAGUAGAAAAGUGGUAUGGUAUUUAUAAGGACCUCUAACUCUAAAUACUGAUUGCAUCUCAGCUGUAACUGUGUAACUGAGUAAAAAUUAAUACUCUUCUACUGUUGUUACAGCAGUGUGUGUUGUAGUGGACAGAUAAUUGCUGUCAGACCAAAAAUAGUCACAAAUUUUUAUGACAUUGUAGCUAAACUGGAUGUGCUGUAGUAUCAUGUUAAAAUAGGCAAAAACUGUUUUGAAGCAAUGUAAUUUGUAAUACGAGGGUUGUCCGUAAAAUAAGGUUCCAGUGACGCUACAGUCCUGAAAAGUGCUGUUACGGUGGAUCCUGCGUUUCUGUAGUGUACCUCGGUUCCCCCACUCCAAAUCGUCUCCAUAGCGAGCUGCCUGCAGAGCUCAGUCUCGGCUUGGCAGCCGUACGUGAUGGUUCUCCCCUCGCUUCGCCUGCCGGGUGUGAGCUGCACUCGGUGAUCUGUUUCCUGUCUGCAAAAAACAUUGGGUGCCAGUAGAAAUCCAUUCCCAGCUAUGCGAAACCUAUGGAGACAAGUGUAUGUGCAUACAAUUUGUGCGCUGGUGCAGAGAGUUCAAGAACGGGCGUACUGACAUCCAUGAUGAGGAGUGUUCCAGAUGGCCAUCUGUUUCUGACGGAACAGUCCCAAAAGUGGAGGCAGCGGUGCUCGCAGAUCCAAGAGUGACGAUUCGUGAGCUCUCCGAAAUGAUCCUGUCAGCAAAACCUCUAUUGACAAGAUUUUGAUGGUGCAUAUAGGGUAUGCUAAGGUUUGUGCGAGGUGGGUGCCAAGAAUGUUGACUGAAGACCACAAAUGUCAACACGUUGAAGCGGCCCAAGAACUUCUUCAAGAUCACAGAACUCGUGGCGAGCAAUACCUCGACUCCAUCGUCACUGGAGACGAGACUUGGGUGCACUACCACACACCCGAAACCAAAGAACAGUCCAAACAAUGGAAGCACCCAGAGUUGUUGAGAUCGCGAAAAUUCAAACGAACGCAAAGUGAUCGCAGCAGUGUUUUGGGACAGGAAGGGGGUACUGUUAUGCAAGUUCUUGCCCACCGGCACAACAAUCAACACUGCUGGGUACUGUGAGACACUGCAAAAAUUGUGCCGUGCAAUUCAAAACAAGAGGAGGGGUAUGUUGUCCAAGGGGGUGCGUUUGCAUCAGGAUAAUGCUCAGCCGCACACCGCUAAAGCCACCAAUGAGCUAAUUUCAAAAUUUGGAUUGGGUAUUGUCAAACACCCACCCUACAGUCUGGACAUAGCCUCAAGCGAAUACCAUCUCUUCCCUGACAUGAAGAAACACCUGGGUGGAACGCAUUUCAGCGACAGAGAAGAGUUGGAAGAAGCGGUUCGUAGGUAACUGCGUGGCUUGGUGGCAGACUUUUUUGACUUGGGCAUUCAAAAGCUUGUGCACCUCAUGCAGAAAUGUAUUGACCUCAGUGGCGACUAUGUAGGAAAAUAGGUUAAAGUCUGAACUUUCCAAAAAUAUAGCAUUCAUGAAAUAAACAUGUUUUACACUAUGAAAAAAAAAAUGGGAACCGUAUUUUACAGACACCCUUCAUAAU